GCCGGGGCGUCGGCACCGGCGGCCAUCUUGGCUUCCCGGGGAAAGGCGGCGUGAGGGGAAUAAGUUGUAGGGUGGGGGCAGGAGUGAGGAGGAGGGAAGAGAGAGGGGGAGGAGGCCGCGGCGGGGCAGGGCGGGGACUGCCUGCCUGCCUGGGUUGCGGAAGUGAUAGCCGCUGACCGAGCCUGCUGCUUUCUUGCUACUGCCUCGGCUUCCCGGCUACCCCCCGGACGGUGAAGGCGGCCCGGCUGUGGAUGGUCAGAUAGCCCUUGUCUCCCGCCGCCAAUCUCUGGCCCCUAGCAGCACGGAGCAGACGGCGGCAGCAGCAGCAGCAGGCGAGGAGGAAGAUGGCGGGACGGCUGCCGGCCUGUGUGGUGGACUGUGGCACGGGGUAUACAAAACUAGGAUAUGCUGGAAAUACAGAACCACAGUUUAUCAUCCCUUCCUGUAUUGCUAUUAAGGAGUCAGCAAAAGUGGGUGAUCAAGCUCAAAGGAGGGUGAUGAAAGGUGUUGAUGACCUAGACUUCUUCAUUGGUGACGAAGCAAUAGAAAAACCUACAUAUGCAACGAAGUGGCCAAUCCGCCAUGGUAUAGUUGAAGAUUGGGACUUAAUGGAAAGGUUUAUGGAGCAAGUGAUCUUUAAAUAUUUAAGGGCAGAACCUGAAGACCAUUAUUUUCUUUUGACUGAACCUCCAUUGAAUACUCCAGAAAACAGGGAAUAUACUGCUGAAAUAAUGUUUGAGUCCUUCAAUGUUCCAGGCUUGUACAUUGCUGUGCAGGCUGUUCUUGCCUUAGCUGCAUCUUGGACCUCAAGACAAGUAGGAGAACGGACGUUGACCGGUACGGUAAUAGACAGUGGAGAUGGUGUCACUCAUGUCAUUCCUGUGGCUGAAGGGUAUGUGAUUGGCAGCUGUAUUAAACACAUUCCAAUAGCAGGACGAGAUAUAACAUAUUUUAUUCAGCAACUGCUGAGAGACCGAGAAGUAGGAAUCCCUCCAGAACAAUCCUUGGAAACUGCUAAGGCAGUAAAGGAGCGCUAUAGUUAUGUCUGCCCAGAUUUAGUAAAAGAAUUUAACAAGUAUGAUACAGAUGGGUCAAAAUGGAUUAAACAGUAUACUGGAAUCAAUGCUAUCUCAAAGAAAGAAUUUUCUAUCGAUGUUGGUUAUGAGAGAUUUUUGGGACCUGAAAUCUUUUUUCAUCCAGAGUUUGCUAAUCCAGACUUUACACAACCUAUCUCAGAAGUUGUAGAUGAAGUAAUUCAGAAUUGUCCUAUUGAUGUCAGACGUCCUCUCUACAAGAAUAUUGUCCUCUCUGGAGGUUCAACCAUGUUCAGGGACUUUGGACGUCGCUUGCAAAGAGAUUUGAAAAGAACUGUAGAUGCCCGGCUGAAAUUAAGUGAGGAAUUGAGUGGCGGUAGAUUGAAGCCAAAACCUAUUGAUGUACAAGUCAUUACACACCACAUGCAGCGAUACGCAGUUUGGUUUGGAGGAUCAAUGCUGGCUUCCACGCCUGAGUUCUACCAAGUAUGCCACACCAAAAAGGAUUAUGAAGAAAUUGGACCUAGCAUUUGUCGUCACAAUCCAGUGUUUGGAGUCAUGUCGUAAAAUUGGCUUCAUAGUUAUUGGGGUUAGGGAGGUGGGGAAGAGAUAAUCUUUCUGAUUACCUGUUUUGUCUGGAUGGCUGGUUUUGAGGUUUUAAACCUAACUUGAAAUAGUAACACCAAACAUGAUUAUACAGGAAUAUUUUAAUAAGUGUAUCACCAUGCAGAUGUAGAAGAGAGCGAAAGUGAUUGUGUUUUUCUUUAGAUUGAAUAUUUGAAUCUUAUGUGUAACAAAAAGAAGUGGGUUUUAGUUCUUUCUGUGCCCUAAUAUUUUGUAUAUUAAUGAAUUAUCCAAGAUUCGAUGGGAUUUAUCAGUGUGUAGAUAGCUCUAUAAUGCUUGAAUUGUACACUUCUAAGUGUGCAGUGCAAGAGCUUGUUUAUAUUUCAUACUUUUUAUACUUUGAGGAAAAAAAGUCAAAGAAAAAUUGUAUUUGAGGGAAAAAACCAUGACCAAGUAAAGGAUAAAUUCAAAAAAUAGCCUCAUGAGACUUGGCGUACACACUCAUGGGAUUCCAGUUAUUAUGGAGUGCUUCCAUCCCUCUCUACCCCUUCCACCCAAAAGGUUUUCUUUGCAAGUGCUUUUGGAACUAAGAGCUAGUAUCUUGGAUUAACUGAUGCCUGCUAGUGCUUUCUGAUUACUCGCAUUCUGUUUCUUGCUUUAAAAGAAGAGUAAAGACAAGAGUGUUGGACCAGUAUUGCAGUUCUGUAGUGUCAUUUCUUAUAAAAAACAAAACAACAACAAUAAUUUAUCAAAAUUGGCAUAUUUAAAGCCUAACAACAACAUUCUAAUAAAGGCACAAAUUUCUUUUUAAUACUUGUUUCAGGCUCUUUAAUCUCUUUAUAAGUUAACUAAUAAAUCUAUUUUCUUCAGACUUCUGCAAUAGUUCUUUAAAAUCACAACAGUUAGCAAGCUGACUUUUUUAAUGUGCUCAAUACAAAUACUUGUGAACUUUUAAUAUGUUGAGUGCUUUCAUUUUGAUAACUGGAUCUCCAUUUGAUAUUUUCAUUUGUAUAACUCAUUUGCAGUCUGAAAAUUUUUUUUUAGUGCCAGUCCCUGAACAUAUCAUUGAAAGUUAAUUUUCUUUGCAUUUUAAAAUACCUGGAUUAUGAAGAAAAAGUGAUGAAAAUAAAUUAAAACUGAAUUACCUUUUCUAAUGCUUUUUUUUUUAAGCAAUGUAAUUCUAUUUUGUUUUUAUGUAUGUGAUAUGAUUUCUGUUUCUGUUGAGAUUUGGGAGUUACUGAAAUCUCUGUAAUGUGUAUGGUAGAAAAUUUCUUGUGACCUUAAAAUUUUACCAGUUAUUUAUAGAAAGAUAAAAUGGGAAAUGUUUUAUAGGCUGUUUACUAGCAAUAUCAGUGAACACUUGAACUCCAUUAUUCUUGAAAAUAACACGUUAGGAUUAGAAUACUUCUAUUCAAAAGUGAAAGAAUAUAAAGUGUUUAGUUUUUUGUUUUUACUAUAAAGAUAGAAUUGGGGAGUAAACUUCAGUUUUUGUUUAGAGUGGAUCUGAAUAUUUAAAAUCCUGUAAUAAUUUUUGUGAAUCUUCAUUCUUUGAGUAUGGGAUUGUAAAAGACAAACUGUAUAUCCUACAGUAGUAUCAUCAUCAGUAUCAAAGGUCUCCUUUUUUUUACUUGGAAAAGUAAUUCACAAACAUUAUAAAAAUACUAUUCAAACAGUACCAAAGAGUAGAUUAGCAAAAGUAAGUUUUUUUCCCUAGCCUGUCUCAUUUUUCCAUCAUUACACAGACUACUUGGAAUGUCUUAGAUGUCCUUGUAUUGUAAUUUUCUGUGUAGGUAGAAAUAAACAUAGCUUUCUUAUUUUACACAAAUAGGAAGUUACUGUAUAUACUGUUAUGCACUUUGCUUUUAUUAAAGAUCUUUUGAUAAAGAACUAUA